AGCAAUUCUGUCUUCAAAGUAUUUAUUGUUAAUUAAUGAAGUAUUAAUCGUAUAAAAAUGAAUUAUCAUUAACAAUUAAUUAAUUGGUUAAUUGUUUAAGUAAUUAGUUAAUAAAAUCUUUGACGAGUUCGUUCGUUUGGGUAGAAUGAUUUUUAAGUUAAAAGCGUUAGUGGCUGGUUUUCUCUCUUACCAACUUUAUCGAUUCUUCAUUUCCAGUGAAAUCGAUUACAAAGAACUUCUUAAGAAUAGGAAUGUACUAAUUACCGGCGGUUCGUCGGGAAUCGGCGAAGAGAUGGCCAAAUACUGUGCUGAGGCAGGGUCCAACGUGGUGAUAGUUGCCCGCAGAAAAUCUCUCCUUGAUAAGGUUGCCACUGACUUGCGCGGUCUGUCGCCUUCACCAACCAGCAAGAUGCACUACAUUGUGGCUGACUUCAGCGACCCAGACGUCAGCGAAUCAGUCAUUAACGAAGCAAUACAAUUUUUAGGAUCUUUGGACUACAUCAUCAUUAAUCAUGCAAUUAUCCCCUCUUCACCAAAGGACGUAUUGAAAUGGUCUGGAAAUGAACACCAACGUAAUCAACUUGCCUCAGCGAUGAACAUUAAUUUCAAUUCCUACGUUACUCUGGCCACACAUGCUCUUCCCUAUCUGCACAUCUCCAACGGAAGUCUUCUUGUCGUUUCGUCUGCUAUGAUUGACUUGCCAGCCUUCUACCUGCCAUAUUCGACCAGCAAGGCGGCCAUGAGCGCUUUCUUUACUGGAAUCAGACAGGAAAUUAUCCAGACGAAAACCAACAUAUCCGUUACCAUUGUUCAUCUUGGGUUGAUUGAAAACCAAGCUGGUUUAGCUGGGUGCCAGCAAAUUUCAGCAAGUAGAGGAGUUGACGUCAGAGCAAUCUUAUCGAUGUAUGCUGCCACUGAUCAGAAAGAAACGGGACGAGAAAUUAUUUGGGCGGCCGCCAGAAAAGAUGCAUAUUUUUAUUAUCCUAGAUGUCAGGGCCUUUGGAUACUUCGCGUACUAAGGAAUUUGUUUUCUGAUCCGGAUCGUGCUGUAAAUACUCUUGAAAGCUCCGUUUUGUACAUUCUGGAUAUUAAGAAAAAAUAUUUUUGGUAAUUAUCUUUCAAAUGGCAUUGUAAAACUGAUCCAAACCUCAAAAGUUAUACAGUUUGAGAGUUCUUUUUGUUGUUACUACAUUUUUUAGCAAUAAGUGUCUCUAUAUAAAAUUUAAAUAGUUAGAAUUUUCCACCUGAUAUGAAAUAUCCUGACAAUUUAUUUGUGUAUGUUACUAUAGUUGGGUUUUUUUUAAAU